AAGUGUGGCUGGAUGUACGCGCUUGUUUCGGUGGCAAGCAUCGGAUCAUACGCAGCGUUUACGCUGAGCGUCACGCAGUGGCGCACUAAGUUCAGGGUUGACAUGAACAAGGCAGAGAACGAGGCCAGCAACAGAGCCAUCGAUUCUCUCAUCAACUACGAGACUGUCAAGUAUUUCAGCAACGAGAUGUACGAGGCUGAGCGCUACGACCACUACGGCCGCCGCUACGAGAAGGCGUCGCUCAAGACGGCGACGUCGCUGGCGCUGCUCAACUGGGGGCAGAACGUCAUCUUCAGCGCCGGCCUCACCGCCAUCAUGAUGCUGGCUGCCCAGGACAUCACAGCUGGUGAGUGCCGUCAUGAUGCUGGCUGCCCAGGACAUCACAGCUGUGCCAUCAUGAUGCUGGCUGCCCAGGACAUCACAGCUG